GGAUAUGCUGGGACGGCCCGCGCCACUAGAACGCUUUGCGUGCCGGCUCCCGCAGGUCCUCGCGGUCCGCACCGUUUGCGACUUGACAAAAACAGUUGAAGCACCGAGAGUGAUCUUCUCACAGCAACGGGACAGUGGGCGGGAAGCCGUGAUUUGCACCCCCUGCCUUUAUCUGGCCUCUGCCACGUGGUACUUGGAAAAAUGGACAAGGCCUGUGAAAUGAAACGCACCGUGCUGGACAGCCCUCUGGGGAAGCUGGAGCUGUCUGGUUGUGAGCAGGGUCUGCACGAAAUAAAGCUCCUGGGCAAGGGGACGCCUAAAGCUGAUGCCAUGGAGGUCCCAGCCCCUGCUGAGGUUCUCGGAGGUCCGGAGCCCCUGAUGCAGUGCACAGCCUGGCUGAAUGCCUAUUUCCAUCAGCCCGAGGCUGUCGAAGAGCUCCCCGUGCCGGCUCUUCACCAUCCCAUUUUCCAGCAAGAGUCGUUCACCAGACAGGUGUUAUGGAAGCUGCUGAAGGUUGUGAAAUUCGGAGAAGUGAUUUCUUACCAGCAAUUAGCAGCCCUGGCAGGCAACCCCAAAGCCGCGCGAGCUGUGGGAGGAGCAAUGAGAAACAAUCCUGUCCCCAUCCUCAUCCCCUGCCACAGAGUGGUCUGCAGCAGCGGAGCCGUGGGCAACUACUCCGGAGGACUGGCCGUGAAGGAAUGGCUUCUGGUCCAUGAAGGCCACCGGGCAGGGAAGCCAGGCUUGGGAGGGAGCUCAGGGCUGGCAGAGGCCUGGCUCAAGAGAGCAGGGGCUACCUCGGGCUCCCUGCCUGCUGGCCGAAACUGAGUGUGUGCAGUAGGAUGGAUGUUUGAGCGACACACACGUGUAACACUGCAUCAGACAUGGGCCGUAGGCACCACUGUAUUAAAGGAGGUAACAGUGUCCUGGGAACAAG